CCAGAACAGACCCGAGGAGGGCGACACCGCUUUGUCCCCGGCACCUUGAGGGGUCGAGCAAAGGCCUGUGCAGGAAACACCGCGAGGAGGAACCAGCGGCUCUUCAAGCCCAGCCACCCGGUAGGCGGAGGCCACGAAGGUCCCUCACACAAAAGACACAACUUGAUGCAACUUUCCUCGAGACCGCAGCGUAACAGGUGCGGGCCCCCGCCCCGCAAGUCCCGCAGCCCGCGCCGCCUCGGCCAAACCAACUUUUGGGUUGGUGUACGUGAAUAAGAACAGUCUGUCAGCAAGUUGAAAGGUAUACAGCAGCAAGAUGUCAGGCCGAAGUGGGAAAAAGAAAAUGUCCAAGAUGUCACGCUCCACCAGGGCAGGUGUUAUUUUCCCAGUGGGGAGGAUGAUGCGCUACUUAAAGAAAGGAACAUUCAAGUACCGGAUAGGUAUGGGAGCACCAGUCUACAUGGCGGCUGUCAUAGAAUAUCUAGCAGCUGAAAUACUAGAACUAGCGGGAAAUGCAGCAAGAGACAACAAAAAGGGAAGAAUUGCCCCCAGACACAUCCUCCUGGCAGUUGCUAAUGAUGAGGAGUUGAACCAGUUGCUAAAGGGAGUGACCAUUGCAAGUGGAGGUGUCCUACCCAGAAUUCAACCAGAGCUCCUUGCCAAAAAACGUGGUGCUAAAAGCAAAUCUGAGACGAUUCUUUCCCCAUCUCCUGAGAAGAGAGGAAGGAAACCUUUGGCAAGCAAGAAGGGUGGGAAGAAAGCAAAGGCCACCAAAGCCUGGACCCCCAAAAAGAACAAACAUAAGGAGAAUGAAAAAGAAGGGGCAUCAAAUUCAACAUCCGAGGAUGGACCUGGGGAUGGAUUCACCAUUCUGUCGUCCAAGAGCCUCAUGCCAGGACAAAAGCUUUCUCUGACACAGAGUGACAUCAGCGAUAUUGGUUCUAUGAAAGUAGAAGGCAUUGUUCACCCAACAACUGCUGAAAUAGAUCUCAAAGAAGAAAUAGGUAAGGCCUUGGAAAAGGCUGGAGGAAAAGAGUUCUUAGAAACAGUGAAAGAGCUCCGCAAAUCACAGGGACCUUUGGAAGUUGCUGAAGCUGCUCUCACCCAGUCCAGUGGGCUUGCAGCAAAGUUUGUCAUCCAUUGUCACAUCCCUCAGUGGGGUUCAGACAAGUGUGAAGAACAGUUGGAGGAGACAGUAAAGAACUGCUUAACAGCUGCUGAAGACAAGAAGUUGAAGUCAGUGGCUUUCCCCCCAUUUCCCAGUGGCAGAAAUUGCUUCCCAAAACAGACUGCAGCCCAGGUGACUCUCAAAGCCAUUUCCGCCCAUUUUGAUGACACCAGCUCUUCCUCCUUGAAGAACAUUUACUUUCUGCUCUUUGACAGUGAGAGCAUCGGCAUCUAUGUGCAAGAAAUGGCCAAGCUAGACACCAAGUAGCAAUGGCAGCCAAAUUAAACUUUAUUUUUCAACAUAAAUUUGCGUAGCAUUAAAAGCAUUAGAGGUUUUAUUUUUAAAAUGUGCUGAGGAGGGGGAAGUGAUAGUAGUGUGAUGUUUUGUGACUUGAUGGAGAGCUUUUGCUAUGGAUGAGAGGGUUUAGUCUGUGAUUACUUCAUGCUGUUGGCACCCUCUACCAUUUCAUAUCACCUAGAAGAAAUCAUAAUUACUUUACCAGCUCUCUUCAGGAAUUUGUUUAAUGUGUCUCCUUGUUCUUUUAGCUUAGGACUUCUAAAAGUAACCUCAUUUUAGAUUUGUAGCAAUGAAUUUUACACACACAUACCUUGUUUAAAGAAAGCUCUUAAUUUUGUAUUCCCUUUUCUGUUCUUGAGGGUGGAUGGCAAAAAUGUUCAUUUUUUGUCUACAUUCCAUAGUGGAGAGAGAAUUUCAAAGACAACGCAUGAUGAGCUUCUAUUUUGUUUUAGUCCAUAAUCUCUGUAAUUACUGAGGAUAUUUCAUCUUGGAUUUUUUGUUUGUUUUAUAAGAAAAAACAAAAAAGAAAAAGUGCCAAGUGUAUUUAUUAUAAACCUUCUACGAAUUUAAGACACGUUUCAUCCUCCUCCCACACAUACACAUGCACGCAUGCGCACACACACUCAAUAGUAUCUCCAGUGGGUGGGAGUAUUUGACACACGUGUAUCAAGCACAAAUAAAGCGGUGGGUGGUAUUGGGCAAAAAUAGAUGGCUUUUGGAGCCAUUUUUCCACUGCUGUUCAAAUUAAAAAAUAAAAAAAUUAGUAUGAACUGAA